GUUCUUGUAGAAAUUAGGUUUUGCAGACAGAAUGUAAUUUUACGGCUACGCUACAUCGAACUCUCAAACACAAAUACACACACACUCUCUCUCCCCUUACUCUCUCACACAUCCAUGGAGAAAGAGUUCUACCCAUCCCAAGACGACCUCCUCUACGAAGAAGAAGUCCUCCGCAACCCCUUCAGCCUCAAGCUCUGGUGGCGCUACCUCAUCGCUCGAUCCGACGCCGCAUUCAAAAAGCGCUUCAUCAUCUACGAGCGAGCUCUCAAGGCUCUCCCAGGCAGCUACAAGCUAUGGCACGCUUAUCUCCGCGAGCGACUCGACCUCGUUCGAAACCUUCCCAUCUCUCACUCCCAAUACAAAACCCUCAACAACACUUUCGAGCGAGCCCUGGUCACUAUGCACAAAAUGCCUCGGAUUUGGAUCAUGUACCUCCAAACCCUAACUCACCAGAAGCUCGUCACCCAGACUCGCCGCACUUUCGAUCGAGCUCUGUGCGCUUUGCCGGUCACUCAGCACGAACGGGUUUGGGAGCCCUAUUUGAUCUUCGUGAGCCAGAAGGGUGUCCCAAUCGAAACCUCGCUCAGGGUUUAUCGCAGGUAUUUGAAAUACGACCCUUCUCAUAUUGAGGAAUUCAUUGAAUUUUUAGUUAAUUCUAGUCUUUGGCAAGAGGCUUCGGAAAGAUUAGCUUCAGUGUUGAAUGAUGAUGGGUUUUAUUCGAUUAAAGGGAAGACUAAGCAUAGGUUGUGGUUAGAGCUGUGUGAUUUGUUGACUAAGCAUGCUAAUGAGGUUUCGGGGUUGAAUGUGGAUGCAAUUAUUAGGGGUGGGAUUAGGAAGUUUACGGAUGAGGUAGGGCGGCUGUGGACCUCGCUUGCAGAGUAUUAUAUUAGGCGUAAUUUGCACGAGAAGGCGAGGGAUGUGUUUGAGGAGGGGAUUAUGAGUGUGGUUACUGUUAGAGAUUUUAGUGUAAUUUUUGACUCGUAUACGCAGUUUGAAGAGAGUAUGUUAACAUUUAAGAUAGAGAGUAUGAGUUCGAGUGAUGAGGAGGAUGAGGAGGAGGAGGGAGAGGGUGGAAAAGAAAACGGUGUUGAGGGGAAGAGAAUGGAUGAUGAAGAUGAAGAUGAAGAUGUUCGGUUAGAUGUGAAUUUAUCGAUGGCUAAGCUUGAGAAGAAGAUUCUUAAUGGGUUUUGGUUACACGAUGAUAAGGAUGUGGAUUUGAGGAUUGCUCGAUUGGAUUAUCUCAUAAAUAGGAGACCGGAGUUGGCUAAUAGUGUGUUGUUACGACAGAAUCCUCAUAAUGUGGAACAGUGGCAUCGAAGGGUGAAGUUGUUUGAGGGUGAUCCCAAGAAGCAGAUUUUGACUUACACUGAGGCAGUGAGGACAAUUGAUCCUAUGAAAGCUGUGGGGAAACCUCAUACAUUGUGGGUUAACUUUGCUAGGCUUUAUGAGAAGCACAGUGAUCUUGUCAAUGCCAGAGUUAUAUUCGAUAAAGCAGUUCAAGUCAACUACAAGGCUGUGGAUCAUCUGGCUAGUGUUUGGUGUGAGUGGGCAGAGAUGGAAUUGAGGCAUCAAAAUUUCAAAGGAGCAUUAGAGUUGAUGAGGCGAGCCACAGCAGAGCCAUCGGUGGAGGUCAAACGAAGAGUGGCUGCUGAUGGGAAUGAACCAGUGCAGAUUAAGCUGUACAGAUCCUUGAAACUCUGGACCUUCUACGUCGACUUAGAAGAGAGCCUGGGUACCUUGGAGUCCACAAGGACAGUGUAUGAGCGGAUAUUGGAUCUAAGAAUAGCCACGCCUCAAAUUAUUCUCAAUUAUGCAUUUCUAUUGGAGGAACAUAAAUACUUUGAAGAUGCAUUCAAGGUAUAUGAAAGAGGUGUGAAGAUUUUUAAGUAUCCACAUGUCAAAGACAUAUGGGUCACAUACCUCUCAAAGUUCGUAAACAGAUACGGGAAGGCAAAACUUGAACGGGCAAGAGAGCUGUUUGAACAUGCUGUUGAAAUGGCACCUGCUGAUGCAGUGAAGCCUUUGUAUCUUCAAUAUGCAAAGCUGGAGGAGGAUUAUGGUCUGGCCAAGCGAGCUAUGAAGGUCUAUGAUCAAGCAACUAAGGCUGUUCCAAACAAUGAGAAAUUGAGCAUGUAUGAAAUUUAUAUUGCUCGAGCAGCAGAGAUAUUUGGCGUCCCAAAAACUAGGGAAAUAUACGAGCAAGCAAUAGAGUCUGGUCUUCCAGACAAAGAUGUGAAGACCAUGUGCUUGAAGUAUGCUGAGCUUGAGAAGAGUCUAGGAGAAAUUGAUCGUGCUCGUGCAGUAUAUGUAUUUGCGUCACAAUUUGCAGAUCCACGAUCUGAUGUGGAUUUCUGGAAUAAGUGGCAUGAGUUUGAGGUGCAACAUGGAAAUGAAGACACUUUCAGAGAAAUGCUUCGAAUUAAAAGAAGUGUUUCUGCAAGCUAUAGCCAGACGCACUUUAUCUUGCCUGAGUAUCUGAUGCAAAAGGAUCAGAGAUUGAACCUUGAUGAUGCAAGAGACAAAUUGAAACAGGCUGGGGUUGCUGAAGAUGAAAUGGCUGCUCUUGAAAGGCAGUUAGCUCCUGUAGUUGACAAUGGUGCUGCUAAAGAUAACAACAGAAGAGUUGGCUUUGUCAGUGCAGGUGUGGAAUCACAAUCUGAAGGAGGUAUUAAAGUUACUGCAAAUAAUGAAGACAUUGAGCUACCAGAAGAAAGUGAUUCAGAUGAUGAUGAUAAGGUUGAAAUAGCCCAAAAAGAUGUUCCUUCAGCUGUUUUCGGAGGUUUGGUUCGUAAGAGAGAUGAGGCCGACAAUGAUGCAGAAGCACAAGAUGCCACUGCUACUAAAGAGAAGGAUGGUGAUAGCCGCCUUGGUGCCCUAGAGAGAAUAAAGAGACUAAAGAAAGCGUGAUUAUUUAUGGCCAGAAGUAAUUAGUCUGCAUUUAAAAUUUUGUAGCUUUAGUUUAUCAUCAUGGAUGAAAUGUUUUCCCUGAAAAAUAUUUGUUUGUAAAUUAUGUAUUCCCUACCAAACUUUUGUUUCUAUUGAAAGAAGAAGAAUAGGGUUGUUUAUCUCUCA